UGAGUGUGCGGAACUGGUUGUAAACAAGGGCCUCGAUAAGAAGCUCUUGAAGAGCCGCCUUCAGAAGAUUAUGAACUCCAUCAAUGAGUCUUCAAAGAGAAGAGCAAGAGCACACUUCAUGUGGAAGGAGGUUGAGGAGGAUACCUCUGCGACAGCAGAGUCUAGGAACAGGAGAUACGAGCGAGCUCAGAGUUCCGGCCGGGGACGCUACGAGAGCCACUUCCCACCAGAUGAGCAGAGAGGGCGCAGUGCUCCGCCUGCCUCAGAUCUCCAUCCCAGGGGCUCUUGGCGGUUCACGGAUGCUCAACCUUCGGGACGAGGACAUCAAGCUGCGGGAAAUGACAUGCAGAGGUACCAGCCCUCAGUCCCUCACUGACGUGACAUGGGACUCCUUCGUAGCACACGGCAGUAGGUUUGCUUUCCUUCUAGAAGGGACAAGUGCUGUAAUGCCCUCUUGCUUCCUUUCGGUAGAGUUGUUGCUCAGAAAGCUUUCGCUGAUGCUACCAGACUUUCUCGGCAAGAACAGCACUCAGUUUGCCAUGAAGUACAAUGUGCUCCAGGGCAAUGCCUUCUGCCUCACCUUUCUGCAGUACAGAAACCCUUUACAGAUAGGAGUCAGUAGCCAUAAUAUGAUGGUGCUGUGUGACCUUGUCGGAUUUGGCCGUCCAAAGAAAAUGCCUCUCAACGCCAUAUCCUCCUCUAUCUUCAGUCAAAGCCUGCUCAACACGAAGAUGGUACUGAGGCCCAGCGAUGUGAAGGCCCUGGCACUCCAGGUGGCGCCCGGGAAGUACAGGCAGCGGAGGGUCCGACCCACAACCCGCGCACGGCCACCUGCCCGCACCCCCCAGUACCAGCUCCCCCCGGCGCACCUCCAACGGCCCCCUCCUGGAGCGGCCCCCCGCAGCAGCGCCGCUUCCCUGCAGCGGGAAGCUCUCGGCGAGGUCUCAGUCAACACCCAACAGCCCCUGCUGAGUGCCGCACAGCAACCAACCGCAGUGAAAGCAGCGGGAGAUGCUCGAAAGGAGCAGCCGACGGGCGAUCCUGCAGACGGAUCCGCACGCAAAGCAGAGGGAAUUGCACGGGGAUUAGAGGCCAGCGACUCGGAAGCGGACAACCAGAGCGGCACGAAUGCUGGAAAGGGCGGCCACGGAGAGGCAGUCGUGACCGCUGAUGUCAGCAACCCGCAGCUGCUGCAGACCGACAUUGCCAGCCCGCCUGAUCACCCGGACCCCGAAAUCGAGGGCAGCACCUUCCAGAUCGAGAGCCAUUUGCAGAACGAGGCUCCACCAGGGGGAGAGGGGGGCUUUCACGACGGGCGUUCGGGGGAGCGGCGGGUCAGCAGCAGCGCCGCUUCAAAGCGCGGCAGAGACUGGGCGGGGAGCAUCACUGGGAGUGGCGCCAAGAAGAGGAGCAUGGGAGGCGGGCGCUGGAGCACGGCGGAGGAGCAGGCGGGCGAGAGGAUAUUGCACAACGUGAGAAUCCUAUAA